CAGGUACGUAAGUAUUUAGAGUGGCGGAGAUAGGCCCACUUUAAUUUUGGAAUAUCCAAAUCGAACUUUUCUCCCUUCACUCGACAAGCUUAGAACAACCACUGGGAAGCAACCAUAUUAUGAGGGUUCAAGCGCCAAACCCCCACGAAAACAAGGCUAAGUUAGCGGUACGCCCGCCUGGAGAAUAAGGAUCGUCACUGCCGAAAAGUCGUGGAAUAUGGCGAACAACAACUUGGAUCGCGAUGUCUAUCAAAUCGUCAAAAAAUACGAGAGUCAACAUGAGGGCAAGACAAAAUUCACCGUGUCUUCCAUUUAUGACUACAUAAAAAACUCAAAUUCGAGCCUAUCAAGGCAGAAGAAGCGGCCACUUGAGGAUUCAAUAGAGCGAGUCUUGAGGCUGCGAAAGAAGGAGCGAAUGGACGAUGAAGAAGACGAAGCCAUGGACGAUGCUCCGGUUGAGUCUCCUAAGCCAAAGGAAAGGGACUACUUCCUCAUGAACAAGCACAUUACCAAAUCAUGGAAUGUUUCCAGGAGAGAAAGGCCCAGUUCGCCAGAGCCUACGGUCUCAACUGGCAACGCCACGCCUGCUGAAGUCACAGUUGACUCGGCCAUCGUCAUGGCAGACCGGCAACCGAACGGGGAGCCCAAAACCAAGAGGAGAAGGGCCGAGCAACCCAAGAAGGACCGCAGUCCUCCAGCAGGCGUCUCGCUAAACGACCUAGGUGGCAUGGGUCAAGCCAUCAAGAAGCUACAAGAGGAUGUUGCCUGUCCAAUGCUGCUUCCAGAGGUCUACAAAAAGACAAACCCACCCCGUGGUGUCUUGUUACAUGGCCCUCCAGGUUGUGGCAAGACCAAGCUUGCAAACGCAUUCGCUGCGAGAAUAGGUGUUCCUUUCAUAGCCGUGUCUGCGCCUUCAUUGGUUGCUGGCAUGUCCGGUGAGACGGAGAAGAAGAUCCGAGAGCUUUACGAAGAGGCAAGAGGGCUUGCCCCUUGUUUGAUCUUCAUUGACGAGAUUGAUGCCAUCAUGGGGAAGCGCGAUAAUGCACAGCGAGAAAUGGAGAAGCGCAUUGUGGCUCAAAUGUUGACUUGCAUGGAUGAACUGAGCCCGGAGAAGACGGGAGGGAAGCUGGUUGUCACCCUGGCGGCUACUAAUCGACCUGAUAGCAUCGAUGCCGCCCUCCGAAGAGCAGGACGGUUUAAUAUUGAGAUCGACAUCGGAGUACCCAACGAGAAGGCUAGAGCCCAGAUUUUCAAGGCCCUGAUCCGGAAACACAAGAUGGCGGAAGAUUUGAACCUUGAGGUUCUGGCCAAAAUGACACCCGGUUUCGUAGGUGCCGAUUUAGAGGAUGUCGUUUCAGUUGCAGCUGCGGGAGUAGCUCACCGUACCACCAAGAAACUGUUGGAACAGGCCACUGGAGAUGUUCAGCUUGACGGAGCAGGCGUGGACGAGUCGGAAACGGAUCCAGAAACGAUAGAGGCCAUUCGAGGCUUGGAUGCCUUGUUGGCGAUUGCCGGCCAGUCUAUACCCGAGGACGAAUUAGCCAUCACACAGUUGGAUCUCCUCAAUGCGAUAGCCAGGGUUCAACCUUCUGCCAAACGAGAAGGAUUUACGACGAUUCCCGAGACUACCUGGGCCCAGGUUGGUGCUUUACAGAAGGUGCGCGAGGACCUCAGCCUGGCUAUCAUUCAGCCCAUCGAUGAUCCAGAGCGCUUCGCCAGAGUGGGCUUCCAGUCCCCUUCUGGCGUCCUUCUCUGGGGCCCUCCAGGAUGCGGUAAAACGCUACUUGCAAAAGCAGUUGCGAACGAGGCCAAGGCCAACUUCAUCUCAGUCAAGGGGCCCGAAUUGCUAAACAAAUACGUUGGCGAGUCUGAACGCUCCAUCCGCCAGGUAUUCUCCCGAGCUCGGUCCUCCGCGCCCUGCAUCCUUUUCUUCGAUGAAAUCGAUGCCCUGGUCCCACGACGUAGCGAUUCCAUCGCCGAGUCUAGCGCCAGGGUGGUAAAUAUGCUUCUGACCGAGCUGGACGGCAUGACGAGCCGGAGCGGCGUCUACGUUAUCGGUGCUACGAAUCGGCCGGAUAUGAUCGACCCGGCUAUUCUACGACCUGGUCGUCUGGGGACCAACCUCCUCGUCGGCCUACCCGACGCGGACGGCAGAGUGGAUAUCCUGAAGACUAGAAUUAAGACGGUGCUCCCCAACACUACGGUUGAGGAGCUUGACCAGCUAGACCCGGUCGCUCGGCGCUGUGAGGGGUUCAGUGGUGCUGACUUGGAAAACCUUCACAUUGCGGCUGCCAAAGCAGCCAUCAAGAGGGGCGACAAGGAAGGGGCCCUGAUCGAUAAGUUGAUGCCCAUUGAUUGGGAAGUCGCGCUUGGACAGAUCAAGCCCUCGGUGUCGGAUGUGCAGUUGAAGAAGUUUAAGAAACUAGAGGAUAAGGGAUGGGAUUGA